AUUAAAAAAAUGCACACACUGAUUUUCAAAUUCUGUAAAAAUGCAUUUUUUAAAAUUUUGUUCGAUUUAAAUUUAAUUCAUUUAUUUAAAAAUUUUUAAAAGUGACAGCUGUCAGCUACUUUCACACUGAUGUUUUUUUGAUGAAUGUGAAUGUAGCAGACAUCAGACAAAAUUUAUAAAUAAAUACGGGAGUAGAGUAAAUUUAAAAAAUAAUAUUUCGAAAAAAUGUACUCAUUAAUUUUCAAAUUUUUUAAAUGCGCAUUUUUUCAAAUUUUAUUUUAUUAAUUAUUUACUCUAUUUAUUUAUAAUUUUAAAUUUGUCUGCUACAUUCACACUCAUGUCAGCUGACAUUUUACCGGGAAUUUAUUAACCUAUAAUUUAAAAAUAUAUCAAUAUCAUGAGUGAUAUAUUUUGUAAAUAUUUAUGAUAAACAAAAUAAAAAAAUGUGUGAGUUUUUAAAUAAAAAAUUAUUUACCAAUGGAUCCAGAUUUCGUUGGUGCUAUUUUACGUAGCAGUGGUAAAUUUAUAGAAACAAUUAAAAAUAAUGAAGAAUUAGAUGAAUUAAUUGAAAAAGUACCUGCUGUUGAUUCACGAACAGUCACUGCACUUUCAAACUCUCUAGCUGAUGCUUUUUCUUAUAAAAUUUCACCUGAAGCUCAUCUCAAAUACUCAGUUCGGCUUCAAUUAAUCGAGAUUCUGCGGGAAUGGAUCAAUCCGCCCCUUGGACUGUCAAAUCAUCGGACAUUCUGUCAAAGUGAAAAAAUCCAAGAGCUUUGCAAGACCGUCAUAAAUAAAUAUUUAUUAAAAAAAAAAGUAUGUGAUGAAAAUGUAUCAGCAGAUCAAUUAAUUAUAUUAAUAAGAGCAUUAAUUAACGUCAGAAGUAUCAAUCCAGUUUAUGGCGCGUAUUUAAAACUCGUCGUUGAUGAAAUAACCGAACUAGAAGUCUCAGCAAAUUACAGACUCGUUAAAUUUAUUUUGGAUAACGAAAAAGAAAUAGAAUUGGAAGCUUCUGUGGUUGAUAAAUUUUAUAUCUGUCAGUCGGAGAAAAUAAUUGAAGAACCGAUAAUUGAUUGUUUUAUUUCAAAUAUUAAUUGUCAGGGCUCGUACUCUACUACAGAUAAAUUUGAUAAGUUAAUAAACAAGACUGCGUUUUCACAAAAAAUUUUUAUAAUCGUAAGUAAUUUAUUAGGUAAUCUUUUUAUACGCUUAGAAUUUUCACCAUUAGUACUGUCAUUUAUAGAAUAUAUUUUAAGUAAAAUAAUCGCGAUACGUGAUAACGAAGAAAAUAAUUUACUGAGUUUAUAUCCGGUAGAUUUACAGUCUUAUGUUGUUCUUUUGAGAAUAGAUCCGUGUCACUGUUCAGUUAAUUCUAAAAAAUAUUUGUUGCAAUGUUUGAAAAAUAUUUAUACCGAAGAUAAAGAUAAAGUUCUUGUACUCAUUACCCACUUUCCUAAGUGGCUGAAUGAAUUAUCAUUAUUUUUAAACGAAUUGUAAACAAUUUUAAAUAUGUAAUAAUUUAUGAGUGUAAUGCAGCUGACGAUUGAGAAUUUAAAAAUAUUUGAAUAAAUAAAUAAAUCAAAUGUAAGUAAAGUAAAAUAUAAAAAUUCGUAUUUAAAUAAUUUGAAAAUUACGCGCGCUUUUUCAAAUUUCAUUAUUUAUUUAAAAUUUGUAAAUUUUCUCAAAUCUGCUACAGAAAAAAUUUUUCAUUACGAAAUUAAAAAAAAAUUUUCCUUUUUAAUUUGUAAUGCAAAAGAUUUCUUAGGACAAGUAAAAAUUUGAAAAUUCGUU